AUGCAAAAGGCUUUAUCCUCUAGCCCGACAUUGGAUGACGAUCCACGGUACUCCUAUACAUUCCGAGGGUCCGAGUGUUUUGACUUGGAUUUGGACGAAGAGGAAGCUUUGCGUAAAGCCGCGCGUGCUGGGAUCCAAUUACUAGAGAUAAAUCAAGCGCUCAAUGAUGAGAUGUCUGCGCUGCGAGAGCACGUGGUGGUGCUAGAGAGCGAGCUACCAAAGCUCCGAACACAAUUAACCGAUCGUGAGCAGGAUUUGGCCAGCGCGAUGGAGAACCGAAAGGAUUUAUUGCUGGAGACUAAUACUCUUCACAACGAGCUUAAGGCCAAGUCAGUCCUAGUGACGGGUCUACUGGAGAAAGAAGAAUUUCUCAAGCAGCAGGUGGUGGACGCCGAAGCUAACAAGACGUCGGCUGAGAAUCAGAUUGCUGUGUUACAGGCGAAGCUAAGACAACAGCAAGAGGGAGCUGAAAAGGUGAGGGCUACAGAGCAAGACUUUGCUGUAGUAAAUCCAGCAGCGACGUACGACUUGAAUCAAGCGAGCGUCUUUACUUUCUCGGACUAUGAGGAGUUGCAGCGCCGUCUGCAGACCACAUCGGAAGAGAAAGAAGCUUAUGCUAUGGAGGUUAAAAACUUACGUAAAGAGGUUGAUACGCUGCGUCGCAGAGUAACUAAGCUGCCGGAGUACGUGGCUCACAUUGAACGGCUUGAGAAACGAAACGAAAAGCUGCAGAGCGCCAAUGAGACUUUGCGUGAAGAGCGGAUGGAGGAGCAAGCUGUGUUGGACAGCUUGCGUUCGAUAAACUUGGUAUACAAGAAGAUCGUCGAGUCGAGUCCGUUUGCGGCGGAUUGCACGUGCUCGCAGCAAUCAGAGGAGGCUGACCCGAAAGCGUUGGGUGUCACGGUGCGUGACGUGCUCAUUGAGGCUAAUAUGAAGCUUGAAGCUGAGCUGCGCGAACUUCGAGCUGCCAUGGACCUGCCAUAUUUACCCAUCGAGAACGCAGGAGAAGAGAUGCUGGAAAAGGCGCUUAAAAGAGCGAGCAGUAUCAGUAGCAAUGGCUCGGCAGAAUUGAACUCGUCUAGCAAAAGCGUAGAGUCAAAUGAGACGGCAAACAAACGAUUGAGUCGCAAGUUGCAGAAUAUCAUCGAGAAGUAUAAUUUGUCAAAGGAAAUGCUGCGUCACACGAAAGUACAGUGGUGUGCUGCAGUCGCUUCACAGAAGGCUUUAGAGGAAUGCAACAAGUCUGCACAGGAAGAGAUCCGGCGUUUGAGCCAGCAACUGGACGAUUAUGUUGCACUUCACGCUACCUCGGAUACGGAUGAUAAAGAGAAACAGAUGAAGAACCUAGUGGAUGGCGGUGAGAGUGGAAAAUGGACGGAGGAGACGGCACCGUUCCCUGCACCACCCGGUGAUCUGAACUCACCGCUAAUCCGGUGUUUGCUGGAUCAUUGGAGCACAGACAAGUCCAAGAUCAUGAGGCUUACAGACUGGCUGCACAAUGCAAUUCGUGGCACGGGUCGAGCUACGCCUCUGCGACUGACGCACUUGAAGAGUGAGAUCGCAGCGGGUUUCACACAGCUCUUGGUCCCCAUUAUGCGUGAACGACACGGCAUUUCCGUGAGCAUAUACCGUCGCGACAGUGUACAUGUCCUGUCGGACCUGGUUCUUCAGACAAACCAUCCUAGCGUGACAGUGCAGUCUUUUUCUACAGCUGCUUUCAAAGACAAUGUCUUGCCGACGCAUGGUCAGGACGUGGAAAACAUGAGUGAGGCUGAGCUGGACUCGGCAUCGUGCCGUACUCGAGGUAGCUCUGGCGAUAGCGUCAUGCUGAAAGAUGAGGCGCUGUUUUUGUACGAAUGA